GAACAGAAACAGGAGAGAAGCCAUCAGUUGUACAGCAGCACAGAGAGAGGGGACCAUCAGACCUAAAACACGGACGGACCUCAUUAUCAUUUUUUGGAGUAAACAUAUUUUCGUCAUCAGCAGCCACCGCGUCAUUACGCGCAUUCCUCCGGAGGAUUUGCGCUUUUUAUUCUCCAGACUGUCCGCUGAUUAAAAAAAUAAUAGCAUAUCCUGCACCAGAGAAACAGGUUCACAGUGGUGUCAUGGUGAAAUAUUUUAUCUGAAAUUAAUUAGUUUUUGUUUAAGUCAAAUGGAAGAACAGAUGUCCAAACCGGAAUCCAGAAAUAUGGACGCGUGUCUGAGGAGACUGAAGCAAGAACUGCUUUCUAUGAGAGAAGCAGGAGAUGGCCUACACGCUCAGAUGAAUUCAAUGAUGGGAGCUCUUCAAGAACUCAAGCUACUUCAGGUCCAGACUGCCCUGGAAAGUCUUGACAUAUCAGGAAGACCGAUUAACAGGGGAAUCCCCCAUUCUUCUGCAACCAUCCAUCCUAACCCAUCAGCUGUUGCAGCUUCAGGUCUAAAUGAAGAGAAAAAGUCAGUUGUGAGACAAAAUUUCCCAGAGAAGGCCAACAGCAGUCCUGUGCCAAGUCUGAGGAUGUCCAUAGAUAGCAGAAACUCCUUCAGCAGGGAUGAUCAGACCUCAUCCAGAAACAGAAGCGCUAUGGGAACCUUCUCUUCUUCAGCUUCUAGUCUGGAGACAGAGAGUGAGAGUGGAAGUGAAAGAAGUGGAACAAGUGCAAGAAGUGAAAACAAUAUUGAGUCAAUAUCAAAGAGGUGGUCUGGCUACUCUGCCCCUCAGGUAGACUUUUAUGGACCAAUGGUGGGAAACCUACCACAAGAACCCUACCCUAAUUCUCAGGCCCCCCGUCAUGCACAGGUGGUAGAUCUGCCUGGCAUCCUGUACAGUCUCUCCAGGGAGGGGCCAUCCUUGGACAGUGACUACUCCCAGGACAGCGCAGACGAUGCCAGUGACUGGACAUCAUCACUUAUGAGCCGUAGCCGAAACCGUCAGCCCCUGGUGCUUGGGGACAACGUAUUUGCAGACCUCGUAGGCAACUGGCUUGACCUGCCUGAGGUCGAGAGAGAGGAUGCUGAAGAAAAAGCAAAGAGGAAGAGGAGAGAAGAGAGGACAGUGGAAGAAGAAGACAGACCAGACACACCAGCCCACCCUCUGCGCCUCAGCCGCUCACAAGAGAUAUGCAGGAAGUUCUCGCUUACUACGAACAUCUUCAAGAAGUUUCUACGCAGCGUUCGGCCCGACAGGGACAAGCUUCUCAAAGAGAGGCCUGGCUGGAUGGCUCCUGAACUGCCUGAGAGUGACCUCUUCAAAAGGCCCAAGAAGGUGGCUCCUAAGGUUUCCAAAGGCAGUUUUUAUCUACCCUUCUGGGCAAACGGACAGCAGGGCAAAGGCAGGCCAUGCCCACAUCUAGUUGAAGCAGAAAGGAAACAGCAACAGUAUGAGCCCUACCCCCAGUUUUACCAGCAACCAUUCCCAGGGAUUUAUUUAGACAGGCGGCAGCCAGACAUGGGUCUGGAGAAAAGGCAACCCUUGUUUGACUAUAACACAGCUGUGUGGGUCUAACAGUGAGUCUCGAGCCAAAAGGCUUCCAAUGUUGCCAGACUGACUUUGGGACAGGUGCUGGGGGGGUUGGUGUAUACGGCUGCAAUGGAAGGGAGGGAAUAGAAGGAUAACCAAGAGGCUGGGUAUAAUUAUGUCUUUUAGAAAUAAAGUGGUACACUUCAAGCUCUUCCAGCACAUGUUCCAUUGUUACUGAGUGAUUAUCAGGGCAACAUGUUGUAUGACAAUCUGAGAACCUUGUGUUCUGUGAAUGACUGAAAAUGUGCUGCAGUGUGAGUGAGUCUUCAAGUUUUAUGCUCAUGUUUUGUAUGUUUCAGAAGUCUUUGCACGUGUGCAUGUAUGAUUGGACCAUCUGGGUGCUGCAGAAGAUGGUACUUUGACACAAACAUCCUUUUCAGAAUGUCACCAGAUACUUAAAAAAAACUACAACCAACAUUUUUCAUUGUUACAGUGCCGGACAUGACUGCACUUGCUCCUCUGCAUCUAUGAAUAGCAACCAACAGUAGUCAUAUUACAUUGUUCCACGUUUCAUACAUGAGGCUGUUGACAGUUUGAACUGAAUGCACUUAAAGUGUUUUCUUCUGUUUCCAAAAAGGUUCUGAUAGUCAGGUUAAACUGGACUAGCUUUGUUCCUUCUGCUCAGGAAAAAUACAUAAGAAAACAACUCAAAUAAACACUGCCACACUUCAAUUGAUCUUUAUUAUAUGUUAGCAAAGUCCGCCUUGGAUCUAACUUUGCCCAGACUGACAUAAUAUGGUGUAUGCUUAACUCAAAGUCUGCACUUGAAUGAAUAGUGUUGAGCUGGGUUUCAAUAUACCCAGAAUCACUUUUCCCUAUUGCAUUGCCAACAGUGUUGUUUCAGCAAAAGGGGGUAAAGAUGACACACCCAAGCAUGACCACUGUAUAACCAGCAGCCAUCUGGUAUCUUAGUUACUAUUGAAAGCAUGUCUGAAGCUUGAAAAAAGUUGCAGAACAAGCCUGAUUAAUCCCAAAGCUUUAUGAAUGAAAGGGAUAAUGAGAGGCUGUUCUUUGGGUUGUGAGAGAACUGAAAUAAUACAUUUUGGAAAAAAUGACCAGCACUCAUCAAGGUGAAGUUAACAAACCUAAUGUAUAGAACUUUGUACAUAUCUUAUCACAGACCAAACAGCAGCAAUAAUCAGCAUUUACUAUAAUAUGCUGUUGCAUGACUUCCAUUAUUCCAUUCUGUGCAAAUAUGAAUAUUUAAAACACACUUAAAGAAUUACAUGUGAAGAAUGCCACAGUCAUUGGAUUUAGUGUAUUGUUUUCUUCUGUCAUAAAAAUCACCACAAUCUUCUUUCACAAUCCCCCCUCAGGAUUACAGACACUGCCUACUCUGCUUAUAAUAGAGUGCUACUGUUAUGCAAGGACAAUCUGAGGCUCUUUACUUAAUAUGGAUAAAGAAUAUUUUAUUUUGCUUAAUUUUAAAUGGGGUAACAGACCAAGCAACUCAGUGAGCAGGGAUUAGGCCUCAGAGGUCUUUUUAGCGUCUUGGCCAGAAGAUCCAUAUGGCUUAUAGUCUCAGUAUUCAGGUCAAUAUGUUCUGCACAUUCAGAGGGUCACACACCCACAGGGACACACACAUAUUCUGCUACUACAGUCGCACCACAAAGUGCAGCAGUCUGAGAUGUUAAAUCACUCAGUUUGUCUUUGUAAAUUGAACAUUUAUUCCUUCUUGCUAAAAUGUUCAUGGUUGUUAGUUUUUGCAAUGUUAAUAUUUUUCAUCGAGGUUCUGCGAACCAUUUGUACUGUUCUUAUGUCCUGUGCUGUAAAUCUGUCUGUGACUUUCAUAAAUUAAAACUGUUUUAC